AUCCUCGGGCCGCUCUAAAAGCUUCUCUCAAUUGACUCUGCAAUUGCUUUCUAGGGAUCCAUGACAUUCAUUCAUCGUAACCAACAGGAAGGUAAUGCUGGCUCGCUUGCUGCUGCUGCAGCCGACCUAUCAUACGCUUUCGCAUCUGAAGUCUCGGUAUUCACCUCGCUUGCCGUCCACCAUCACGGCCAUUCUCAGCUACUUUGUCCGGGUCUGCUUCCGACAUGUCGGCAUAAUGGCUUCGAAUGCGAUGUGCACCAGGGUGAUGAACUUAUUAGGUGAUAUUGCUGCAUUCUUGCGGCACACCAUACGACUGGAACUGCUGUUCUGGAUCUGCGUCCUCUCGCUCGGAAUGGCACGUCUCUUGGCCGUUGCAGUAUCGGCUGCCUCUCGAGCACACGACCGCAUGAACGUUCGCAUGGCGUUCCGGAUCGCCCAUCGAGGCAACCGGUCUGGAGAAGCAUCAAUCGCAGGGUGGAUGGGCCUGAAGGACCUAUCACAGUUCGUGCACCUCAUGCCGCCCCUCUGGCUAGUCCCACACCGUCCUGGUACAUCCGCCCCUCCCGGCAACGCCGCAUGCUGCCCUGCCAGCGUGCCAGGAAACGGCACCAUGUGUAUCCUCCCUGCUGGUGGUUCUCGGAGAAUCCUACGCACGACAGCCCUGGCAGCAUCAUCAAUCCUCGCUAUUUGCUCAUCUGUGCUUCGACGCGGUAUAAAAAGCGAGUGAGCAGAGGUCUGCACUCAUCCUCCAGGACACCUCUGCGCAGCCGACCACUCCCACCAUGGCAUUCGGCCCGUCUCUCCUCGCUACGCUCGUGCUCGCCCUCGCGGUGGCGGCGAACCCGCUCCAAGCGCGCGACGGCAAGGUGUCGUUGCCGAUCGUCAGGCGCACGAACACGACCGGCAUCGCGAAUGUGCUCCAGCGCGACCAGGCGCGGGCGCAGUUCCUCAAGAAUCGCGGACAGGCGAACGUGCAGGGCCGUGCGGGCAGCGUGACUGCGACCAAUGAGGCCGAGGACUACGUCGUCAGCGUUGGUGUGGGCUCACCUGCCACAUACUGUGAGCGCCACAUUCACCGCCGUUGAUUG